AUGACUUACCAAUCCUUUGAUGUUUUCAAUCAUGCCCCUUUAACACCUCAAAAGGACCACGAAGAAGGUUCAUAUUUCGAUAAGAGGCAAAGUUCAACCGAACAAGAAGAUGAAAGAUCUGGGGAAAAUGUCCACAAUCCGACUGUAUCCAGCUUGAUCAAAGAAGAGACUUAUCAUAAGUCCUCUGAUAAUUUGGUUGUUGGCUUGUAG